UAUGUCCAUGAACAGGACGCACAGAAGAAAAAGAGCAGGACGCACAGCGUUUGUCGCGCGUUGAUGACGUAACCAGUAACCAAAUAUUUGUAAAAGUAACGUAAAUAUUCUUGAAACAUUGUAUUAGUGACAUCGACAGUUUUUGCAGCAGACUUAAGGAGAUGUCAUCUCUGUGUGGCACCAGCGAUGGCUUUCAAGAUGCACGACAGGAGGCUCCGUCGAAGGAGGAGUCGGAGCACCCCCGCGUUCUCAUUCCUGAGCUGUGCCGACUCUUCUACCAGCUGGGCUGGGUGACGGGGACGGGCGGAGGCAUCAGUCUGAGACGAGGGGAGCAGAUCUACGUCGCCCCGUCAGGCGUCCAGAAGGAGCGAAUACAGCCAGAAGACAUGUUUGUGUGCGACGUGCAGGAGCGAGACAUCAGCUGUCCACCUGCGUGGAAGAAGCUGAAGAAGAGCCAGUGUACGCCGCUCUUCAUGAACGCCUAUACGCUGAGAGGUGCACAGGCAGUUAUACACACCCACUCCAAGGCUGCUGUCAUGGCAACGCUCCUGUUUCCUGGCAAAGAGUUCAGGAUAACCCACCAGGAGAUGAUCAAGGGGAUUCGUAAGGGCACCUCAGGCACCAACUAUCGGUAUGAUGACACCUUGUGUGUGCCUAUAAUUGAAAACACACCGGAGGAGAAGGAUCUGAAAGACCGCAUGGCUCACGCAAUGGAGGAAUAUCCAGACUCGUGCGCCGUCCUCGUCCGCAGACACGGCGUCUACGUCUGGGGCGAAUCGUGGGAAAAAGCCAAGACCAUGUGUGAGUGCUACGACUACCUGUUUGACGUUGCUGUGCAGAUGACGCAGUGUGGACUGGACCCCUCGGCGGCGCCGGUGGAACAAAACGGAAUAGUUUGACAACCUCCUUUGCUUUAAAGCCACUUUUGUUGAUGAAGGGUCAUUAGGUCAAUCAGGAGAGGAGGUUAUAAUUAUUUGCCUUUCACAGAGGCCUGCUUCAAAUUUGAUGAAAUUUGGAGGUGAGGGCAGAUUGAGGGUUAAAGGAGGGUAUAGGCCUGUGAUCCCUUUUAAAGGUUCUAUAGACCGGAACCACAUCACUGAUGUACCUGUAACUGUCAAUACAAGCAGUUCAUUGUGACAAUAAAAAUAGCAUCAUGCA